AGCGGGGAGCGGCGGAUCCCGGGGCAGCCCCGGCCCGGCUCCGGGAUGAGCUUCCCGCGGCCCCUGCGCCGCUCCGUGAGCCUCAGCCCGGCCCGCACCCUGCGCCUCGUCGUGCUGGGACAGAGCGCCGUGGGCAAGACAGCGCUGACCGUACGAUUCAUCACCAGGAGAUUCAUUGGAGACUAUGACCCAACCCUAGAAAUGAUCUACAGGCACGUGGCUGUCAUUGAUGGGGAGAUGGUGCACUUCGAGAUCCUCGACACAGCUGGACAGGAGGAGGACUCGCUGCAGAUCGAGGAGAAGAUCAAGUGGGGCGAUGGCUUUGCCGUGGUGUACUCGGUGACCGACCGCUGCAGCUUCGACGAGGUGAUGCGGCUCUGCUUCCUCAUCAACCACCUGCACGCCAGCCCCAAGCGCAGCGGCGGCGCCGAGCAGCCCCCCGUGGUCAUCGUGGGCAACAAGAAGGACCUGCAGUUCGACAGGAUGGUGUCCACCGAGGACGGGGAGAACCUCUCCAAAGCCCUCAAGAUUCCCUUCUACGAGAUCUCCACGCGGGACAGCUACGAGGAGCCGGUGGCGGUGUUCAGCAGCCUCUACCAGGAGCUGCUCAGGCAGGGCCACUUCUCCCCAGGCUCCUUCAAGAGGAGGACAGUGUCCAAGCUCAUGGAGAAGAUCCCCAAAAUGCAGGCCAGCUCCAGCCUGAACUCGGCGGGCAGGAGCCUCAGCUUUAACUCCUUCAGGGACUACAUUCCCGAGUGAGCGCCGGCUCAGCCCGGGAUGGGGGCGGCUGCUGGGGCUGUGCCGGCUCUGCAGGGCAAGGGCAGGACUGCAGAGGGUGGCACCGGGCUACAAAAGCCUCUGGGUUCUUCUAACAGGGGGCUUUGUGCCAGCAGGGAAGGUGUUCCUCAUCCAUCUGAUCCCUUUGUUCCCUCCUCCCCCUCUGGCAUGGCUGGGGUGACUCGGUCGUGUUGGGACAGCCCUUGGAGGGAGGCUCAGCCGUGUUUUGGUGGGGCUCAGACCCAGCACAGGCACAUCUUGGGGGGCUUUCCCCCUCCCCUGAGCUGACUGGGGGUAUCUGCACCCCAAAUCCAGCACCCACCAUGCUGGGUGACCCCGAGGGCCGUGCUGGCUCCCAGGCUGGCAGCAGCCAUUCCCUGGGGAUGGAGCCUGCAUCCUCAGCGUGGCUGGUGAGUAAAACCCCUGGAUCCUCCAACCCUUCCAGCCCAUCCAGGCUGUGCUCAGCAGCAUGGACACAAUGGAGCCAAUUCCAGAAGCUGCUUGCAGGUCCCCCUCUGUCUGCUCAUCAGCUGCCCUGUUCCCAGAGGGAAAACCACCACCCUGUUUUGCACAGGGAUGGGGCAGGAAAGGUGUGGGAAGGAGCCGGGCUCGUGGCUCAUGUUCGUCCCCUCCCUCUGGGUGUUGGGGCUCUGUGGCUGCUCGGGGUGGCUGUGCUGGGUGCCUGUGGUGUGACUCCCCUGUCCCCUCUCUUGUGACCCACCCCGUUGUCUGCUGCCGUGUCCUGUGACAAUAAAAACCGAGUUCCCAACCGCCUGUGGCACUCCUAGGAUAGGUUAUUUCAGGGAGCUUAAGGAAAGGAGUGCAUGGUUGUAGAAUCACCCUUAAAUUAGGGCUGGGCAUCCCUGUUAUCCUUCCCCUGAGCCUGCACCCUCCUGGCUCCCUCCACCCCUACAAGGAUUCCCUGUAGGAUCACAGCCUGGGAAGCCACUUACCCCAGCUCCCCAGCCUGCUCCAGAACCCACCCAGGCACCCUUUACCCUCCUACAGCUCCCAGAGGUGUUUCCUGCUGCUGCCUGUGUCUAUCCAAGGGGUGUCAAGGAUUCAUUCUAUUCCAUUUCCUCAUACACCCACAUUCUCCUGUUGGGGCAAAAAUGAGCCCCAUCAAAGAGCUGGACUGG